AUGGUUAGGGAAACCGAGUACUACGACCUCCUCGGCGUUAAGCCCUCAGCCGGCGAUGACGAGAUCAAGAAGGCGUACAGGAAAAGCGCGCUCAAGCACCACCCUGACAAGGGCGGCGACCCCGAGCUCUUCAAGGAUCUGACCCACGCCUACGAGGUGUUAUCCGACUCGCAAAAGCGCGCGAUCUACGACCAGGCAGGCAAGGAGGGCCUCGAGGGCGGCGGCGGUAUGGGUGGCAUGGGCGGCAUGGACCCCCAGGACCUCUUCUCGCAGCUCUUCGGCGGUGGUGGCGGCGGCUUCUUCGGCGGCGGCGGUGGCCGGCCGUCUGGACCGCGCCGUGGCAAGGACCUCGUGCACCGCAUCGGCGUCUCGCUCCAGGACCUGUACAAGGGCAAGGUGCAGAAGCUCGCGCUGUCCAAGUCGGUGAUCUGCAAGGGUUGCGACGGUAUUGGUGGCAAGAAGGGCUCGGUCAAGCAGUGCGCCUCGUGCCGUGGCCAGGGUGUCAAGGUCAUGUUCCGUCAGCUCGGCCCGAUGAUGCAGCAGGUCCAGCAGCCCUGCAACGAGUGCGAGGGUACUGGCGAGAUCAUGGACCCCAAGGACCGCUGCAAGAUCUGCCACGGUAAGAAGGUCAACUCGGAGCGCAAGGUGCUCGAGGUUCACAUCGACAAGGGCAUGAAGAGUGGCCAGCAGAUCAAGUUUGCCGGCGAAUCGGACCAGGCCCCUGGAAUUGUGCCAGGAGAUGUAAUUAUCGUCGUCGAGGAGAAGCCCCACGACCGCUUCCAGCGCAAGGGCGACGACCUCUUCACCGACGUCGACAUCGACCUCCUCACCGCUUUGGCUGGUGGCGAGUUUGUCAUCCCGCACCUCGACGACCACGCGCUUCACGUCACUGUCGUCCCCGGCGAGAUCAUCAAGCCCGGCGCCCUCAAGUGCAUCACCGGUCAGGGCAUGCCCUCGUACCGCCACCACGAGCUCGGUGACCUCUUUGUCCGUCUCAAUGUCAAGUUCCCCGAGCACCUUGACGCAGCGUCCUUCCCUCUCCUCGAGAAGGCGCUUCCCAAGCGCCCUGCUCUCCCCAAGCUCGACGCCAAGGUCCACCUUGACGAGGUCACCCUUGAGGAGCCUAACGACCGUCAGCGCCGCACCGCCGCGUCCAACGGCGACGACAUGGACGAGGAUGAUGACGACCGCCCGGGUGUCCAGUGCGCCCAGCAAUAA